AUGUGGACGUAGACAUCUGUCCGACACUGCAAGGAAACGAUGCUCAAAGUAUGUGGCAAAAUCACUCACGCCUCUGGACAAAGCAGUUCCGUCGAGAUGCAAAAGUUGGACCACAGCCCCGGAUUUCGUUGCUCCUUCGUCCCACCUUUUCCUGGAAAAUACUCUGCCAAACUUUUCCACUGUCCGAACGGCAUUGUUGAAGAUGUUGACGUCGGAAUUGACAGCAAACAACUCUGCCCUGCCAUCCAGUUGGACGUGUCAAGGAAUUAUUCCUCGGAUGCUCGGAACCCGUCCCAACCGAUGAUCAGGCUGGGCGACAAUGGCUUCAAGUAUUGGGGCAUCACCGUUAAUCACUAUGCAGAUCGGUUUUACGUUACGGAUCGUGAAGAAAGCGACGUCAUCGUCAUCGAUUCGACCACAAGCAAAAUAAUCAAACGUUUCGGUGGGCGUCAGUCCAGCCAUGGAUUUCACGACGGUCAAUUAUACCGACCAAGCGGGAUUUCGGUUGACCAUGUCAACAAUCGACUUCUCGUCUGCGACAAGGAUCACCACCGCAUCUGCAUGUACUCGAUGGACGGACUAUUCGUAUCCUCAUUUGGCACGAAAGGUUACGGUCCUGGAGAAUUCACCUACCCGUGGGAUGUCGAUGCUUCUUCUGACGGGAAGAUGAUUGCAGUUUCGGAUUCGUAAAAUCACAGGGUCCAAGUAUUUGAUCGUUUUGGAAAUUAUUUGGCGAAAUUUUCCGUUUUUGAGAAAAAUCCCUACGGGUACAAAAAGUUGUUUGAGUAUCCGCGCGGAGUUAAGAUGGUCGCUACAUCUUUGCCACGGACUUUAACACGAGUAGCAUUAUGCGAAUCGAGGUGGCUUCAGGGGAGCUUAAAACGAUGGGAAGGCAGGGAUCGAAGUGUCGUUUGCAAGGCGUGACCGUGGACGAAAUGGAAAAUAUUCUGACCUGCGACUCUCGUCACGAUUGUCUUCGCGUCAGCUCGGAGGACGGAACUCUGCUCCAUACUCUGCGCCACGUGGGAAAAAAUCGACUCGGCGUUCCUGUCGACGCCUGCAUCACGAGAGAUGGACACGUCGCCACGCUCACUUUGAAAGGAGAAAUUUAUUUUAUUUAGAACAUUUUAGUAUUUCGGAAAAAUGAUGUGUCGUAUUGCUCGAUUGUUUCAGUUCCUGUACAAUUAUUAUGUGAUUGUAUUUAGUACAAAUUUAAGUUAUAUUUUGUAUUUAUCAGAGCGGAAGUUUUUAUGACGGUAAUAUUAGUAUGUUAUCUUGUAAAACACAUAGUAUAAAUAUGUGAUGCAUAAUAUGUCAGGGUGGGUUGAAAAAUAUUGUAAAAUUAUGAGUAUAUUUUGCAACUUGUUGUUCUUAUAAUGAA